AGUGUCCUCAGUGAAGCUUGAGCAGACCGGACAAGACGGAAGUCCCAGGGGCCUUCAAGGUCAGCCGGACGCCCCCAUACCGACCUUCCAAGAAGAGCCCCUUACCCCCUUCUCUGCGUCCCCCAACUCUUGGCCUGAGACCCAGCAUGGCCGACCAGAGCGGCAAUGCGGCUGGGGACUCGCGUCCCGCCCCCGCCCCCGCCCCCGCCCCGGUCCGACGCCGCUCUUCAGCCAACUACCGCGCCUAUGCCACGGAGCCGCAUGCAAAGAAAAAAUCUAAGAUCUCCGCCUCGAGAAAACUGCAGCUGAAGACCCUGAUGCUGCAGAUUGCGAAGCAGGAGCUGGAGCGAGAGUCAGAGGAGCGGCGCGCAGAGAAGGGGCGUGCUCUGAGCAUGCGGUGCCAGCCUCUGGAGCUGGCCGGUCUGGGCUUCGCCGAGCUGCAGGACUUGUGCCGACAGCUCCAUGCCCGUGUGGACAAGGUUGACGAGGAGAGAUACGAUGUGGAGGCAAAAGUCACCAAGAACAUCACAGAGAUCGCAGAUCUGAACCAGAAGAUCUUUGACCUUCGAGGCAAAUUUAAGCGGCCCACCCUGCGGAGGGUGCGGAUCUCUGCAGAUGCCAUGAUGCAGGCACUGCUGGGGGCCAGGGCUAAGGAAACCUUAGACCUGCGGGCCCACCUCAAGCAGGUGAAGAAGGAGGACACUGAGAAGGAAAACCGGGAGGUGGGAGACUGGCGCAAGAACAUCGACGCCCUGAGUGGGAUGGAAGGCCGCAAGAAAAAGUUUGAGGGCUGAGCCGGCCUAUGCAUGGCUCUGGCCCCGGCCCUGGCCCUGACAUGGCCCUGAGGAAUAAAGCUUCUCUCUGA